AUGAUUCGUGGUUCAUCAAUUUUAAAAAACAAUAUUGUUUCAUCUCGUAGAUUUUUAUCAAAUGGUAUUAAAUAUACAACUUUAUCAAAUGGUAUUACAGUAGCAUCAGAAACUAAUCCACAAGCAUCUCAUUCAACUGUUGGAUUAUAUUAUGGUGCAGGUUCAAGAUCAGAACAUCAAUAUUGUAAUGGUGUUUCUGCUUUAACAACAAAUGUAUUAGUUCAAAAACAAGACCCAUCUACUGGAGUUAUAUUAAGUUCUCAUAAUGAUAGAGAAUAUAAUGGUAUUAUUGCUGAAACUACAAAUUCAAAUAUAGAAGAAGCUGGGAAAUCAAUUUCAUCAAUUGCAUCAAAUGCUGAAGAAUUAAUUAAUAAAUCAAAUUUUGAAGAUGCAAAACAACAAUUAAUUAAACAAUCAAAUGAAAUUGAAUCAAAUCCCAAAUCAAGAGUAUUAAGUCAUUUAGCAUCAACAGCUUAUCAAGGUUAUUCAUUAAGUUUACCAAUAAUCGGAACAACAAAUUCAAUUAAAAAUUUAGAACAACAAGAUUCUUUAAGACAUUUAUCAAAACAUUUAGUAAAUCAUAAUGUUGUUAUUGCAUCAUCAGGAAAUUUUGAUCAUGAAAAAUUAAUUAAUGUAGUUGAAAAAAAUUUAAAAUUAAAUAUUGCUUCAAAACCUGAAUUAAAACCUGCUGCAUUUUUAGGUUCAGAAGUUAGAAUGAGAGAUGAUACUAUGUCCAAAGCAUAUUUUUCAAUUGCUGUUCAUGGUGAAGGUAUAAAUUCUCCAAAUUAUUAUAUUGCAAAAGUUGCAGCUGCUAUAUUUGGUAAUUUUAAUUUACAUUCAACAAAAGCAAAAUAUACAUCACCAAAAUUAGCUUCAAUUGUACAAGAAUAUGAUAUUGUUGAAAGUUAUAAUCAUUUUUCAGAAUCUUGGUCAGAUACUGGUUUAUGGGGUUAUUAUGCAGAAAUUGCAAAUAAAUUUACAAUUGAUGAUUUUUGUCAUUUUUCUUUAAAACAAUGGAAUAGAUUAUCAAUUUCAAUAAGUGAAGCUGAAGUUGCAAGAGCAAAAGCACAAGUUAAAACUGCAUUAGUUGAUGAAUUAUUUUCUUCCAAAGAUAUUACAAAUGAUAUUGCUAAAAAAGUAUUAGCUGUUGGUUAUAGACAUUCAAUAAAAGAAGCUUUUGAAAAAAUUGAUUCAAUAACUGUUAAAGAUGUUAAACAUUGGGGACAAGCUAAAGUUUGGGAUAGAGAUAUUGUUAUUUCUGGAACUGGAUUAAUUGAAGAUUUAUUGGAUUAUAAUAGAAACAGAAAUGAAAUGGCUAUGUUAAGAUGGUAA